UAUUUGUAUAUAGUUUAAGCAGAGGUGGCAUACGUUGGCUAUAUUUAAAUUAGGAAUUAAGAUGACAGGCAAGUUGAUAGCUUUUCUUUCACUCCUGGCGUUGUCAGUGAACUGUGAGCACCCAGGGAUCAAAAUAAAAGGGAACUACGAAUUGCUUGAGUUUGUUAAAAACGCGGUUGUAAACUUUGUUGAGGAAUAUGCAAGUCUUAGUUUCGAAAAUGUGGAAGCGACCUUCGACAUAGACGACGGCAAUUACAAAUAUUCACUUAUAAAUGUGUCGCUAAAUGCACUGACGUUUGGAGACGCGUCUCGUAUCUCAGCCUUACCCCCGAGAGUUUUGGUGUUUCACUCCACUUCUAUGGGGAUUGCACUUGGUGGAAGUUACCAAAUAUCUUCUGGUGACAGUAUUGUGAAUAGCGGAGAUUUUUCUGCAAUAUUCACCAACAAUAAUUUUGCGGCGUUCGUUGAACUCACCAUCCAGAACGAAGUUCUUGUGGCCAUUCCGACCAAUUGCGUGGUUGUUGGUAAUUCUCAAGGAGCAAUAGUGACAGGCAUCAAUGCAUAUCUAUCACCAGAACACCAAAUCAAUCUAAACAAAGUGGUUUUAGAAAAUUUGAAAAACACGUUUAGUUCCACGGUGUGCGCGUCUUUGCGAAACUACCUCGGACGAAGUGUGAACAAUUUCUUUGCCACAAAUCUUGCUGGAGUCCCAAUAAUCAGCACUGUCAGAAUGGAUGCAUCUGUGUAUGGACCACCUGCCACUGUACCAGACUUUAUUGAAAUUGGUUUGAAUGGAAAAUGCUAUCCCGGCAAUGAUUCCACGAUAACUUACACCUUCCCAAGACAUGCUCUCAGAGCCUUCAGCAGCUCCAGUCGAAUGCUAAAAUUAAUUGCUGGUGAAUACACAGCCAAGACGUUGGUGCACGCUUUGCACAGUGCUGGGCUACUUAAUGUUACUCCAGCUCAGAUCGCUCAGUUCGUUACGAUUCCCAUAAACACACUAACGAUGAGUUUUCUAAUGCCUGGCUUUCGUCAAUACGGAGUAAAACCCGUAUCGUUUCAAAUCUCGAUCGUGAAUCCUCCAGAUAUUAGUAUUGCAUCCUCAGGUGUGACAUUGUCAGGUAUGGCAGAGAUUGGAUUCACCGUGAAUAAUAAUGGGCAGAAAAUCGAAGCUUUAGUUCUGGAAUCCAACUUAACCUUGUCCGGCAACGUGAUUGCCUCUACAAGCACUGUCGGCGCUCAAAUAACUUCAGUCCAAUUUACAUUGGCUCAAAAAAGCAGUCUUGUUGGUGACGCUCCUGUGGCCGGACUUAAAAUUCUUUUAGAUGGAAUUAUUAAACGAAACGUCGUCCCUGCUUUGAAUACAUUGCUAAGGAACGGGUUCGCACUUCCAACCAUAUACGGUUUCAACUUCACAAAUCUUGAACUUGCCUUAUACGAUGGAGCUGUUGAGCUGUCUGGGAAUAUAGAAGGCCAACUUGCAAGCUAGGAAAUACUUCAGCAACAAACUAGCGAAUAUGUCCUACAACGAAAUAAAUAAAGAUCAAAAUGACGUAUUAA